CCUCCGCCUCCGCCGCUAAAGAUGAAGGCUGGGCUCGGCCGCCGCUGGAAAGCGGCGAAUGAGGCCGGAGAUGAGGAGUCUCUGCAGCCCCGCCGGCCCAGCUGAGGCAGCCGGCCCAUGUCGCCGUCCGGAGGCAGAGAUGGCGUGGCAGGAGAGGCCCAGGGGCCACUGUGGCACGGCGCUGGGUACCGCCGACGGGCAGAGGGAAGAGAGCGUGUUGAGAUGCAUGGCUCGGGGCGGCAGCCUGAAGCCCCCCCAGCCGCAGGGCUUGGGGAAGGCGCCCCUCGGGAUUGGCCUCCGCCAUAGUGCCAAGCGGGACCGGAAGUCCAUCACCUUGCACGUGAAGCUGGAGGUACUUCGGCGCUUUGAGGAGGGGGAGAAGCUGACGCAGAUUGCCCGGGCCCUUGGGCUGGCCACCUCCACGGUCGCCUCCAUCCGUGUCAACAAGGACAGGAUCCGGGCCAGCUCUCAGGCAGCCACGCCCGUCUGCGCCACGCAGCUCACGCGUUGCCGGGGUGCACUGAUGGGCCGCAUGGAGCGCCUGCUGAGUCUGUGGAUCGAGGAGCAGAAGCGGCAGAACCUGCCGGUCAGCACGCUGCUCAUCCAGGACCAGGCACGCCGGCUCUUCACCCAGCUGCAGCACGAGCAGGGUGGCGGCGGGCGGGCCGAGACCUUUGGGGCCAGCAACGGCUGGUUUGCCCGGUUCAAGGUGCGCCACAACGUGCUGCUGACGCAUGAGCCCGCUGUGGCCGAUGCCCAGGCUGCCGCGCACUACCCGGCAGUGCUGCGCGCCAUUCUGGAGGAGGGCUGCUACUCACCGCGGCAGGUCUUCAACGUGGACGAGACGGGCCUGUUCUGGAAGCGGCUGCCUGAGCGCAUGCUUCUGGCGUUGGAGGGGACAGCUGGGCCCGGGCCCAAGGCCUCUAAGGACCACCUGACCCUGCUGCUCGGUGGCAAUGCGGCUGGUGACUUCAAGCUGAAGCCCCUGCUGGUGUACCCCUCGGAGAACCCGCGUGCCCUCAGGGGCUGCUCCAAGGCCAGCUUGCCUGUGGUCUGGCGCUCCAGCCGCAACGACUGGUUGACGCCUGUCAUCUUCCAGGAGUGGUUUACUAGCUGCUUCUGCCCUGCUGUGGAAAACUACUGUGCCAGCCAUGGCCUCCCGCACCGUGCCCUGCUGCUGCUGGACAGCGCGCCCUGCCACCCUGCCCACUUGGGUGGCCUCUCGGCCCAUGUGCGGGUCGAGUUCCUGCCCAAGAACACGUCCACCCUGAUCCAGCCCAUGAAUCAGGGUGUCAUCACCGCCUUCAAGGCCCAGUAUCUGCGCCGCACACUCAGCCAGCUGGUCCAGGAGACGGGUGGUGCAGACCGGCCCUCUGUGUUGGAGUUCUGGCGCAGCUACACUGUCAUGACUGCUGUGGACAACAUCGCUGAGGCCUGGGCGGAGCUGCAGCCUGCCGCCAUGAACAGUGCCUGGAGGAAGCUCUGGCCUGAGUGUGUGCUGGCUGGUGCUCCCGAGCCCAGUGCCAUGCCCCAGCUCCCCCGCAGCAUCGAGGCACUAGCCAGCCACGCCGGUAUGGGCGACGUGGCUAAGGCCGAUGUUAGCCAUCUGCUGCAGGCCCGCGGGGAGCCCACGCCCACCUCCCCGGGCAUGGGCAGUGGGUAUGUCUGUGGCCCUGGGCUGCCCUGCCAGGGUGGGAAGGGCCUGGCCUCUAGAAGACCGGAAUCGGAGGCCAUAGAGGGUGCGGAGGCUGAGGACGCAGUUGUGGUUGCCCUGCGCUCCGAGCACCUGGCCCAGGCCCUUUCCCACUUUGCCGCUGGCCUGCAAGUCCUCUCAGAGAACGAUCCCAACCGGGAGCGCAGCCUGCGGGUGGCCCGGGCUGUCCACUGUGCCCUUGCCUGCCUCCGGGAGCUGCUCCGGGAAAGGAGGCGACAGGCUCGGGCUCCUGCGGGGCCUCCAGAGGCCCCAUGACGGUGGCAACAAAAACGAUGUCAGGAAGCCUGCACUCAGCCCAGGUGGGGCCCACAGAGGGUGGGCGAGUGGCCACAGCACAGACUCUGAAGG